AUGGCUGCUCAAACAGGCUUGGAUGCCCUUCGUACGAGAACUAUUGUUGACUGUGAUACCAUGGAUGAAGAAGUUGCCAGAACUCUAGGUCCAUUUCAAGACUGUACUUCCAACCAAGCCAUCGCUUACGGAGAACUUUCCAAACCCGAGCAUAAGGCAUUGAUCAUCUCCUCUGUUGGAGAGGCAAGGAAUCUCCUAUCUCGGUUUCCGGGCCUUUCCUUGGAGGAGCUAGCUGUAGAGAUAGCGAUGGUGAAACUGGCCUUGAAAAUUACCCCUCAUAUCAGUGGCCAUGUCCAUAUCCAGACAAACCCUUACUAUUCUUACUCGGUCGAGAAGACCACUGUCAACGCUCUUAGAAUCAUUCAACUUUUCCAGUAUUUACAGCCAGGUUUCGAGCAGUCGCGCAUCUGUAUCAAAAUCCCAAGUACAUGGGAGGGUAUGGUAGCUUGUCGGACCCUUGAACAAGCUGGCGUACGCACGCUCGCCACCACUCUCUUUACCCUAACGCAGGCGGUGCUCGCUGCGGAAGUUGGCUGCACAUAUAUUGCACCCUAUGUCAAUCAACUCAAGGUCCACUUCGAGCCAGGCUUCACGGAUCCGAACAAGCUACUACCUCUCUGUGUCGCCAUCCAGAAUUACUACAAAUCGAUCAAUGCUAAAACACAGGUCCUGCCGGCCAGUUUAACCUCGACGGAUGAGAUAUUUGCGAUGGCCGGUGUAGAUCAUAUCACUAUUGCACCGAAUCUCUUGCAGCAGCUUUCGCAGCCAGGUUCUGCGCCUCAGAUCCAGUCUCUAUUCGACAGUGAAGCUUCUGUGGCACUUCCUUUGUCAUCUGUGUCGUUCGUCAAUGAUGAAUCGGCAUAUCGUCUUGCUUUCACUAGAGACCUCCAUGGGGCAAGUGAGGAAAAGCUUACUCAGGCUGUGAAUAUAUUCUGUGAUAUGCAAGACAAGCUCGUUCAACUUAUGAAGUCUGUGUAUAACGAUGAGUAA